AUGCCGAAUAGCGACUCGCCAAAUGAUGACAUGGAUGCCUCGACUGAACGCCGAAGCUCCGCCGCACCUCUUCCACGAUGCUGCUCAAAGAAAACUAUGGCUCAGGACGUGCAUGCCUUCCCCUUACUGGAUAGCUUUCACUCCGCACUGGGAGAUUCACUCCUGGGUCGCAACUUCACCGACGUUCGGUUCUAUCUGUUCUCGCAGCGCUUGCAGUCGGGGAGAGUAGGCACCCCUCGGGAAGUAUAUGCGAACAGCGAUGUGUUGAAGGCAGCAUCGCCGUACUUCGAGAGCUUGUUAGCGGAAAGCAACGACGGGACACAGCCCGAAUCCCCCUCAGAUCGACUGCUGUCCACAGAUUCGUACGCGUAUGAGUUGGACAGUGAUAUCGACGAGGAAGAUGACGGCGACCCUCACGAUGAUAGUGGAGACAUCAGCCGAGCCUUGUCACAGCAUGAUGCUCCUGAUGGCGGAACGCUAUCGUCUCAGCAGGAUCUAGCAAUACUGCCUAACGGGUCAGCGCCGCUCUCACCGACAUCCAAUGUAACAGUCCCAGCAGCUGGAUCUCCGCUGCGCACAAUCGUGAUCCCGGACGCAGCUUUCAUAACAUGGCAGUCUCUCGUCUUCUACCUGUAUACCGGCACUGUCUCGUUCGCCCCUCUGAGGUCCCAAGGAUUGCAAGUGCGGAUGGUCGAGAAGGAGCAGCAUAGUCGCAAAUUUCCGCGACGGCCUCCUCUGUGCUCGCCAAAGUCAAUGUACCGCCUGGCCGACAAGCUGGGAAUUGACCAGCUAAAAGAGCUAGCUGCGGCGGACAUCCGAACCAAGCUCUCUGCGGAUAACAUCCUGGACGAGCUGUUCUCCUCAUUCACAAAUCAGCACCCGCAGAUUCUGGAUGCUGAGCGCGACUUCUUUUGCGAUAGAUGCUUGAACGUAGACAUCAUACCGGCACUCAUCCAAAAGCUCAAUACUGUCGCUGGCGGUCAUCUGCCGCAUGCGGGGGCAGUUCUCACAUCUCUCUUCCGGGCUUGGAUCACUAUGGCACAAGUGGCGGAAGUGCGACUAUCGCUCGGUACCCCUACGCAAAAGAACGAUCAGAUCACGGAAGCUUUUAUUAUUACGCCACAGGAGAACAUGAAGGAGCAAAAAGCCUUGGAUACCACAGCAUCGGAGGAAGAGAGUGUGGAAGCCAUUGCACCAGCAUUCGGGAAGAGCAACAAGAAGAAGAUGGGGAAAGGUCGACCAACGACCUACCGCUAG